UGAGCAGAGGAAAACUCCGUAAAAAAACCCCAGCCAUUUCUUGCAGUGUUGCCUCAUUUGACGUUAGCUAGCAGCCUUUAUUUUAGUGGAUAGUGCAUAUCCUGUUCAUGGCCUUACCACGACAACGAAUAUGAGGUCCAGAGAGAGCCGUGCAUUCAUUGCAUUCCAUUUAAAAGGUUUAACGUUAGUGCAAUCGUAAUCGCGUUUUGGCUUUUUGUAAGCAUAGCCAUUAUGGAUGUGCAGCUAACGGACCAUUGCGGCACUAAGACAGGACUAAAGACAAGUAACGUCAAUGCUAAGGUUACUGCUGGCAGUGGUUCGGCCCAAGGCAAUAACAGGACGAAAAAGACGAGGAGAGGAAAACGAGGCAAAAGAAGAAGGGGCAAGAAACCGAAGGAUGAGCCACCUCCUUAUUUACCCCCGGAGGCAGAAGAGGGCAACAUUGAGUACAAGCUGAAGCUGGUGAACCCGACGCAGUACCGAAAGCACUUGGCCACGCAGCUGAAGUGGCGGCUGCAGGAGGGGCGCGGUGAGGCCGUCUACCAGAUCGGCGUGGAGGACAACGGCCUGCUGGUGGGUCUCAGCGACGCCGACAUGAGGGCCUCUCUCAAGACGCUCAAACGCAUGGCCGAGAAGGUUGGUGCAGACAUCACCCUUCUCAGGGAGAGGGAGGUAGAUUAUGGCAUAGAAAGAAGCUGCCGGAAAAUCGCUGAGGUCCUGGUCCGGAAAGUUCCAGAUGAUCAGCAGUUCCUGGACCUGCGCGUGGCGGUCCUGGGGAACGUGGACUCGGGGAAGUCUACGCUGCUGGGCGUGCUGACGCAGGGGGAGCUGGACAACGGCCGCGGCCGGGCCCGCCUCAACCUCUUCAGGCACCUGCACGAGAUCCAGUCGGGCCGCACUUCCAGCAUCAGCUUUGAGAUCCUGGGCUUCAACAGCAAGGGCGAGGUGGUGAACUACAGCGACUCGCGCUCCGCUGAGGAGAUCUGUGAGAGCUCCUCCAAGAUGAUCACCUUUAUGGACCUUGCGGGGCACCAUAAGUACCUGAAGACCACCAUCUUUGGCCUGACCAGCUAUUGUCCGGACUUUGCCAUGCUGGUGGUGGGGGCCAACACAGGCAUUGUGGGCACCACGCGUGAGCACCUGGGCCUGGCCAUGGCGCUGAAGGUGCCCAUCUUCGUGGUGGUGAGCAAGGUGGACGUGUGCGUGUGUGGGUCCGGGGCGCGCGGGGCGCUGGAACGCACCCUCCGCCAGCUGGAGCGCCUCCUCAAGCAGCCCGGCUGUGCCAAGGUGCCCCUGCUGGUGGCCAACGCCGACGACGCCGUCACCGCCGCACAGCAGUUCACACAGUCACACAGUGUGACCCCAAUCUUCACGUUGUCGAGCGUAACGGGGGAAAAUCUGGACCUGCUGAAGGUGUUCCUGAACGUGCUGCCGCCACUGAGCAACAGCAAGGAGCAGGAGGAGCUCAUGCAGCAGCUCACCGAGUUCCAGGUGGAUGAGAUCUAUUCCGUCCCAGAGGUAGGAACAGUUGUGGGAGGAACUCUCUACAGUGGUGUGUGUGGGGAGGGUGAGCGGCUGGUCGUAGGCCCCACGGAUGACGGCCGGUUCCUGCGUCUGCGUGUUCUGAGCAUGCAAAGGAACCGCUCCAGCUGCAGAGUCCUGCGGGCCGGACAGGCCGCCACGCUGGCCCUGGGCAACUUCCCCCGAACCCUUCUCCGAAAGGGUAUGGUCAUGGUUAGUCCAAAGAUGAACCCCACCAUCUGUUGGCGUUUCGAGGCUGCUGUCGUGCUGCUGUUCCAUGCAAAGACAUUCCGCCGGGGUUUCCAGGUAACCGUUCACGUCGGCAACGUCCGGCAAACGGCUACUGUUGAGUGCCUCCAUGGAAAGGAGGAGCUGCGUACAGGAGAGAGUGCCGUGGUGUGUUUCCGUUUCCUGAAGCACCCGGAGUACCUGAGACUGGGCGCCAAGCUGCUCUUCAGAGAGGGCGUCACCAAGGGCAUCGGCCACGUGGCCCAGCUCCUAUCGGACCUCAACACGCCUGACCAGAACCACACACACAACAACAACAACAACAACAACAUCGCCUAAACACACAACAGCAUCGACUAAACACGCAACAACAACAACAGCAACAACGCCUAAACACAAAACAUCGCCUAA